GCCGCCGCUAUUGUAUUUACGUCGUUCCUGCGGUAGACAGGUAGUGACAGACCCGUGAAAUGCCGGAACCAGCUAAGUCCGCGCCCGCGCCCAAGAAGGGCUCCAAGAAAGCCGUCACCAAGACCCAGAAGAAGGGCGACAAGAAGCGUAGAAAGACCAGGAAGGAGAGCUACUCGAUCUACGUGUACAAGGUGCUGAAGCAGGUGCACCCCGACACGGGCAUCUCGUCCAAGGCCAUGGGCAUCAUGAACUCCUUCGUCAACGACAUCUUCGAGCGCAUCGCCGGCGAGGCGUCGCGCCUGGCGCACUACAACAAGCGCUCGACCAUCACCUCGCGGGAGAUCCAGACGGCCGUGCGGCUCCUGCUGCCCGGCGAGCUGGCCAAGCACGCCGUCUCCGAGGGCACCAAGGCGGUCACCAAGUACACCAGCUCCAAGUAGAGCGCCGCGGAUCCUGUUUUUAACCCAAAGGCUCUUUUCAGAGCCACCCACGUUUUCAGUAAAAGAGUGUUUCACACUUGCUCGUUUCGGUGAGUGGCACUGCUAUUUGGUAUUAACUUUGCUUUCCAGAUCAGGAUGCUCUGAUUAAUAGGGGAAAAAACACGCUUUGCGUGUGACAAAAACGGAUUUUUAGUGGUUGUGUUGUACGUGACAACUGGGCUCUUGAAAGGGUAGAUCCAUAAAGAUAAUAUCAUACUGAAAUUCAAGUUCUAAACUAUUACAUAUUUUUCCUGUUUUCUCA